CUUCUAUCGCCGCCCAAUCCACGGCUCUGUGACCGGGGAAGGUGGCGAAUCUUUUGAGUUGAGUGUCGUUAGCUCCUCAGACUUGACCAGAUCGGACUGCGGAUGCAAACAUGGACGCGCGAGAAGUUUGACUGGAUUGUCAUUUUCCUCAUCUACUUGUCGUGAAUGUGACAGUGCGCAUCAGUCACUGAUGUGAGACGCCAUGAUCCGGCUGGAGGAGGAUAAUCGAGCACCCCCAGUAGACAGCAUGGACACCAAGAGGCACACUGCUGAAAGGUGACCUCCAGACAUUUUGACUCCCCUCAGAGUUUGAAUAUGCCACAACAUAAAAAUGAGCUCCAACAGUACAGACCUACUGACUGCCAGCUCUUCACCACUGGAGGCAGGAACCUACCCGCAAUCAAAUGCUCUUCAUCAAGGAGAAAUCAAAGGAGACCCCUGGUCAGCUUUAAAUGCGGAUACCAUCGAUUAUAACUCCAGUUUUGGGAGCAACCACACUCUCCAAAAUGGAACUGACACAAAAGUAUUUGAUCCCCUGGGUGGUCACCCUGUCUGGCAAGUGGUUCUCAUUGUCCUGCUGACAGGCACGCUGUCACUGGUCACUAUCAUUGGCAACAUCCUGGUAGUGGUGUCCUUUAAGGUGAAUCGCCAGCUGAAGACAGUCAAUAACUACUUUCUUUUGAGUUUAGCUGUGGCAGAUCUGAUAAUAGGGAUCAUAUCCAUGAACUUAUACACAUCUUAUCUUAUUAUGGGCUACUGGGCGAUGGGUAACUGGGCCUGUGACAUCUGGUUGGCGAUUGACUAUGUUGCUAGCAAUGCAUCAGUCAUGAACCUGUUGGUCAUUAGCUUUGAUCGGUACUUUUCAAUCACAAGGCCUUUGACCUACCGAGCCAAACGGACCACCAGGCGAGCCGGGAUCAUGAUUGGUUUAGCCUGGUUUGUUUCUUUUGUUCUUUGGGCCCCAGCAAUACUGCUUUGGCAGUAUUUUGUGGGUGAAAGGACAGUGCCCCCAAAUGAGUGUUACAUUCAGUUCUUCUCAGAGCCAAUUACAACUUUCUGCACGGCUAUGGCAGCUUUCUACCUACCUGUGACCAUCAUGAGCGUUCUUUACUGGCGGAUUUACAAAGAGACGCAGAACCGUUCCAAAGAGUUGGCUGGUUUGCAGGGUUCUGUGGGUCGUGGAGGGGUAGGGACAAGGGUUGGGAAGCUGAGGAAUGUGCAUCAGACCGGCAGUUCUAGAAGUUGUAGUAGUUACGAGCUCACUAGGUUGUCUAAGAAAAAGAGCACAUGUCAAGAGCUGGUUGGUCGCUUUCACUGUUGGCAUGGGGUUCGUUCUUGGAGACCUGGAAGUAUCCGUCAAGGGGACGGAGAUCCAGACCAGAGCAGCAGUGACAGCUGGAACAACAAUGAUGCUGCUGUCUCUUUGGACCACUCCGGUUCCUCAGAUGAGGAAGACUGUACCGGGAAAGAGAUGAUUUCCCAGAGUCACGCAAUUUUCUCCAUCGUUCUAAGUCUACCUGGUAUUAAGGCUGCAGUCAAUUCUCAGCUCACGUCGUGUGAGGAUUUGGAUGGAGUCUCAGAAGAAGAUCCUCUGAAAGGUGCUGAGCAAAACCCAGACAGCCUUUCGACUGUCACCUCAAACACCACCGCCGCUAAGGCAAGUGAGGGAAUAAACAGUACAGAAAACAGCUACCACCAACAGUUCCGUUCACGCCAGAGUCAAUCAUUGUCUAAAAUCCAGUCCAACUCCAACCAAGGAUUUCGGGCUGGUACACCAACAAUUCCUACCACUGCAUCUGAAAACACCACCACCAACACUGCUUCUAAGUCCCCCACUGUCCCCAUUUCCUUUAAAGACGCAGCUCUGGCGAAACGUUUUGCCGCCCGGACUCGGACUCAAAUCACCAAAAGGAAGCGCAUGUCAUUAUUGAAGGAGAAAAAAGCAGCUCAAACUCUCAGUGCUAUCCUCUUAGCGUUUAUCAUCACAUGGACCCCUUACAACAUCAUGGUGCUCAUUAAUGCCUUUUGUGAGGUUUGCAUUCCAGACACUCUUUGGGCUGUGGGCUACUGGUUGUGCUACGUCAACAGCACAGUCAAUCCCAUGUGCUAUGCGCUGUGCAACAAGACUUUCCGUACAACCUUUAAGAUGAUCUUGUUAUGCCACUGGGACCAGAAAAAGAGGAGGAAGCAACAGUUUCAGCAGAGACAAUCUGUGGUUUUUCACAGACGGAUUCCCAGAGAUUCAACGUAAAGGAAGGACGAUGAGGAUGUUUGGUGAAAGAAAUAAAAAAUUAAACAUGGAACCUGGAAAGGAAUUUUGUUUCUUAGAGAUCCGUCUUGUCCAUUUUCGGCUGUUGUGUUUAGUGACAGCAACAAAAUGUGGCGAUCUCACAGUCUGUUUGUUUCGGUGCAUCCAUUCAGCAAAGAUGUGUGUGAGGGUUAACCUGAGAUGAAGUGUAGAAAUGAAAAUCAUUGUGUUGGUUCUCCUUGUAGAGCCCCUUACUAUUUUCAUGCUACUAUACCUGAAGGUGAAAAUAAGGGGAAAAUAAAAGAAAAGGGCUUUUUAAAAUGCAUUGCAGGAGAAAAACGAAAGUGCAACUGACACAAAUAGAAAAUGUCUCUGUGUUACAAGGUCACGGUAUCACAUCUGUUGUAAUUUCUUACUGUGGGUACCUAGAUUUGUUAUGUACAGAAUGAUUUUGCAUUUCAAACAAAUGAAAUGUGUCUAUAAUGUGUUCUUCGGAGCCAAGGUUAGAAACAGGUUGGUGUUUACAGACAUCUACAUUUUACAGAUUUGCAGUAAUUUUCUCUUGACUGGCAUGUGUCUUUAUCAGAACCUCAGUGAAUUACCUUUCAGCAUGGCUAUAGCUUUACUGUGUCUAAUGAGAUAUGACUUUAUGAAAUUGUGUUCUUAUACUUUGUCAGCAAAAAA